ACAGGAAAAGGGGGGUUUCCAAGUCGAGUGAAAUUCCCAUUCCAUGACUAUUACCAUGCCUGUAGGAUUGGCAGGUCUCAGAGUUUAGCUAGUUGGCAACUAACUAGGGAACACAAUAGUCUCUCCCUUCCCUCUCUCCCCUUUCUCUUCCUCCCUCCCUCCUUCCUUCUCCCACUUUUCCUCUUUCUCUCUCGGACUCUCUCUCUUCUCUGGUUUUUCUGCUUCCAAGCAAACACCUCCCAGGCUGUAGCUGGGCUGGUCUCCUUAGGCGCAGCAGCCACAACAAUCCCGCAGUUCAAAGUUAGGCAGCAAUUGCACAACUUCCAGCAACUCUCUCAGCCGGCUGCUAAUGAGCUGAAAGCCAGGAACAUCUGAGGAGGUGAAAAGGAAGCCUCCAGCUUUCCUCUUUUCACCAUAGAGACCUAGACACCCCUCCCUCUCCGGGCCCAGAUCAUUUUGUGAUAAGGACUGUGUUAAUUCCUUGCCUUGCUGGACUGACCAUGGCUCCCUUUGGAAGAAACUUGCUGAAGACACGACAUAAAAACAGAUCUCCAACUAAGGACAUGGAUUCUGAAGAGAAGGAAAUUGUGGUUUGGGUUUGCCAGGAUGAGAAGAUUGUCUGUGGAUUAACUAAACGCACCACUUCCACCGAUGUCAUCCAGGCUUUGCUGGAGGAGCAUGAGGCUACAUUUGGAGAGAAGCGAUUUCUUUUGGGCAAAGCCAGCGACUACUGCAUUGUUGAAAAGUGGAGGGGCUCAGAGCGGGCCCUGCCUCCGCUGACGAGGAUCCUGAAGCUGUGGAAGGCCUGGGGAGAUGAGCAGCCCAACAUGCAGUUUGUUUUGGUUAAAACAGAUGCCUUUCUCCCGGUUCCUCUGUGGCGGACAGCUGAAACCAAACCAGUGCAAAAUAGUGACAAGCCUUGGGAGCUCAGCCCAGCAAAUUACAUGAAAACUUUACCACCGGAUAAGCAAAAACGAAUAGUCAAGAAAACCUUCCGGAAACUGGCUAAAAUUAAGCAGGACACAGUUUCUUAUGAUCGAGACAAUAUGGAGAGUUUAGUUCAUCUGAUUAUUUCUCAGGACCACACUAUUCACCAGCAAGUGCAACGAAUGAAAGAGUUAGAUAUGGAAAUCGAAAAAUGUGAAGCUAAGAUCCACUUGGACCGGCUCGGGAAUGAUGGGGACAAUUACGUUCAGGAGGCAUACUUAAUGCCCAGGUUCAGUGAAAAUGAGCAAAAGCUGGACUUGCAGUCUGAGGACAGCGAGACUCUAGAGGACCUGAACGACAGUGAGGGGGUGGCACAGCUAGAGGAACGGCUACAGUACUACAGAGCCCUCAUUGACAAGCUGUCUGCUGAGAUUGAGAGAGAGGUGAAGAGCACGGGCAUUGCCGGAAUUGAAGACCCACAGGGCGCAACGGCCUGUGAGUUGGAAAACUCCGAUUUAGAAAGCAUAAAGUGCGAUUUGGAGAAAAGUAUGAAAGCUGGUUUGAAAAUCCACUCUCACUUGAGUGGCAUCCAGAAAGAGAUUAAAUACAGUGACUCGUUGCUUCAGAUGAAAGAAAGGGAAUACCAACUCCUAGCCAAGGAGUUCAGUUCCCUUCACGUUAGCCACAAAGAUGGAUGCCAGCUAAAAGAAAACGGAGGACAGGAAAAUGAGGCUCCCAGCAGCAAUGGGGAGAUCCCUCCAUUAACUCAAAGGGUGUCCAACACAUACCCAAAUGACACAGAUUCAGACACUGGCAUCAGUUCCAACCACAGUCAGGACUCUGAAACGACUAUGGGCGAUGUACUGCUCUUGUCAACCUAACUCGCGCGGCUUCCUUCUAAGCAGCAAUGGUGUUUGGUGUGAUUUCCCAAGGAACUCUCCUCCGCGCAUAACUCUGUGAACGUGUAAACAGUGCUGAUUGGGUAGCUAAUAAAAACUAGUGGACAGCUCUAGCACCAUUACUUGUUUUCAUAUAGUAUUUCCAGUUUGGAUUUAUUAUAGGUUCAAGCAAAAAUCUGUGUAUUAGGAAUGUAUUAGGUAUUAGCUUAGGGUUACGCAGCACCCAAACCUUCUCAUGGGAAUUGAUUGAUAAUGCCUCCACAGCUUUAACGAGACAUGAAUGAUAUGAACUUAAAAACAGUUCUCAACAACUUUGUUCAUCAGACUUUCAUACAGCAAGCAUGAGAAAGUAAAAAUGAACACGAGUUUCUCAUUUUUGACAAUAUUUUAUCGUUAGAAUGUGUUAAGUCUGUGAAGUGCAGGUCCGAUCCUGACAUAUACAUAUAUAUGUCAAAUACGAAUUAACUCAAAUUUUGCGUUUUCAAUAGUUAGGCUGUAAAAUAUACUGUCUAUGUCUCUUCCUGACCUCUGUCUGUUUAAGUCUAAGAGACAGGAAGCUGUUGGGACAUGUGUAAUUUCUGACAGUCGAUCAGCUUGGGUGCAGAUGAAGCAAAGUCAAGUGUUACACACAAUCAGCUUUUUUAAAAUUUCUUAGCAGGUCUAACAUGAUCACGAACUAUGGAUAAGCUUUUACUAUGUGCUCCUUAGAUUCUCUAAUUAAGUCAAUGCUGUGUGCAGGUUCAUUAUUUCGGAAGGAAUAGUAUAGGCUAGAGAAGAAAGCAAUUGUAAUUUUAUUUAUUCCUUAGCUGUGUAAGUUGAAGUGGAGUUUACGGUCCUUUAUGUGGAUAUAUCAGUUUUCUCUUCUCUGGGAACACACAGAGUAGAACUGAAAGUUUAUUCUGAUAUGCUGUAACCCAUCUGUCAGAGAAAUUUCUGGGUGCUUGCAACAGCUCAGUAUUUUUAAGUUGUCCAAAGCACAAAGGAAAUUCAAGAAAUUGAAUUCAUUAUUUGGAUUCUGUCAUCCCUGUCAAUAAUGAUGCUAUUUUCUUCGGUUUUGAUAUACAUUUACUCUCUCUUCUGCCCUCUUGCUAGCUUAUUUUUUCUUUUCUUUUUUCACCUACCUUCUCUUUCUCCCUUCCUUUCAGUAAAGGUGGGAUGCCAUCACAGCCAAAAAAUUAAAUUUAUCAUUUUGCUAUUUACUGAAUAUUGGUGUACUUAAAUUUUCUUUAGUUGGCACAUUUUACACAUGUCAGGACACAUAAAGUAAAAAUUUUGUUGAUGUAUUUAUAGUAUGUAGACGUUAGAUAGCGUUCCUAGAAUGUGUCUCUUUGAUACAAAGUGGUACAACUUUUAACGGUUCUCCCUUUUAAAGUUUGAAAGGUUUUAAGACAUUACAAGAUUUUACCAGUUUUUUUUUCUAUUUUCUUUCUUUCUUUUUUUUGCUUUGAAGGUAAAACUUUUACUUUUGAAGGGCUUGUUACUGCGCAUUUAGUUAUGUAAGAAAGCAAAAUGUUCCCCACUCAUCUCAGAAAUAAACAAGAGCACAUUUCUUCUUAAAUAAUGACAUAUGGAAAUUAAACACCAGCAUCUAAAAUGAACAACAAAGGAAAAAGAACACUAUAUAUAUUAGAUUAUAUAUGUUAAUAUAUCUAUAACAUAUUAUAAAUAUUUGGCCAGGUUUUUUUUGGACUAAAUGUCUUUAAUUGCUCUUUCCAGCUGUUCUUUCUUCCUGCUGCCUUUACCUGCUUCAUUUAUCUUUGGGAAGAUAUUUAUAUUUCCAUAGAGUUUCAUAUCUGGAAAAUACCCAGGUUACCAUAUUUUAAAACCAAAAUAUUUUCUUAUUUUCAUAAAAUAAGAAUUUCCAUUCCAUGGCAGUACUAGGAUAAAUAGUAAGUAAUAGGCUCACAUAAAUUAUUUCUAAAGAAAGAGUGGAAUAGCUAUUUGUAAAAGGGACACCGUCAGAUAACUAAAACGUGCUAAAUUGUUGACAUAUUCGUUGUUACUAAUAGAUUAAAUUCAGAAAGUUUUUAUAAAUGAUAAGCCAUUUUUACUUUUUUUUUUAAAUGAAAGCUGUCUCUUCAGAUUAUAUGUUUGGUAAGAAAACAAGUGUUGUGUAUCUCACUACCCAACUUGACCACAUUAACUUUAUAAACAGUUGUGAUGAGAGUCAGUCACAGAGUUUCAGUUUCUGGAACAAUGAACAAACUUCUGUUUUCACACAGUUACUUAGAAUGAUGGUGUCUAUGGUGCAAUUCUGCAUUUUACUGUAAAGGUUGUUGAAAACUUCUGUUAGAAUGCAGACUUUCUAAACUCAUUGCAGAUCUUACACAUCUCCUUAAUUAUUAAAAUAUAUUUUUGCCCUUGUUCAUUACACUAAAUCACAUGGCAAUUAGUUUCUAUGGUGAAGCUCUAACAUAGUUAAAUAUGAACAUAUUUUUACAAAUAGAAAUAAUGAGUGAUCUCAUGGAUGCUACACUAUUUAUUGUUAAAAUUAUGAUUAAGCUUAUAAAUACAGAACUUGAAGGAUUAAUGCUUUAAUUAUCUUUAGAGACUUAGUGAAUUACAAGCCCUUAAGUAGCCUGGUUUAAUCAGGAAAUGGCUAUAUGCAGCAAGAAGAAGCAAGCCACAGUUUAUGAUGCUUAUUUUUCCAAAAGCUAGGUUCUUAGGACAUGCUUUGCAGCUAUGCAUCCUUCUGCUCAGGAGGACUGUUUCCCUCUCCUUCUACUGUACACUGAAAUGUUACCUGCUUUCUUUGUUGUUGUUUGCUUUGUUUUGUUUUUGCUUUGUUUUGUUUUGUUUUGAGACCCUAUUUCUCUUGUAGCCCUGACAGUCCUAGAACACCCUUCUUAAAACUCCAUUUAUAGAGCGCUGGGAGUAAGGCUUGUGCUACCACUCCCAACAACUACCUACCUUAAACAUGUUAAAGUGUUCUUUUCUUUCACACAGUUGUGUUUCCUCUAGGAAGUUCUGAUCUCUUAUGUCUGGACUUACGAAUAUUCUAGAUGUAUUUCCCUUGAGCUUCUCUUAUGCAUAAGGCUGUAAUAUUUGUAUGUGAUAUAUGUAUGUGAUCUUCUAACUCCAGUCACCCACUACAAUUUGAUUUUACUGCUUUAUUACCUGCCUUUCCAACUUGGUAAUAACCAGCUUCUUAGACUCUUGUUCUAUUUGUAAAUUGAACUGCUAAAUAGUCAAGGGUUUUUAACAUUUUCAGUGAUUUACUUUUUUUUUUUACAUUAUAUUUACUUGUGCAACUUUUAAGUAUGCUUGCACAUUCAUAAGCUUUAAAAUAUCAGUGGAAAUUCUACCUAUAAAGUUAGGGAGUAAAUAGUAGAUCUUUACAUUGUUAUGAAUUUUAUCAAUGUGACAUCAUUUCUAGUUAAUGAAAAAGUAUUCGUUAUCAGGUGACACUAUGUAGUAUUUCAGCACAUACAUGCAUUGUAUAAAAUUCAAAUCUUGAGAAGCAUUCUUUUUUUCAGUUAACAGUUUCUGACUUAAAAUAACUCAAAUGCCUUUUAAUUUAAUGGCAAUGUUAUAACUGCUAAGCAUUGUGAAUAUAUAAGAAAAGUAUUUCAUAAUGUUGGGUUUGAAGUAAUAGUCACACUAUAUCUUUUAAAUACCUAAAUUAAAACUCUGCAUAAUUUUUCUUCUUAAUUGCAAAAUUAUGUUUUAUUAGUACAUAAAAGCUUUUCUAAUCCAUUAAAGUUUUUAUUUUUGUAUUUAUUUAAACCUCCACUGUAUAUGACAAUAUAUUUCUGUGGCUGCCUUUUAUAAAUUUUCAGAGUAGAGUUAUCGCUAUAUAUAAAACAUACAUUUUUCUAGUGACAAAGGAAAACCCUUUUAAUUCUGGGGUAUCUUUAAAACAUUGGACUUCUUCUUUUCUUACUGCCUUAGUAGUCUGAUAAACUUCACUUGAUAAAUAUAAAGUAUCAUUUCUUCAAGUUAUAACUGAUCCAGAAAUAAAUAAAAGAUUAUUGUAUCCCA